CCUGAGUGUCCGCUUUUAGGUAAACUUGAGGUCAUUCUCAAGGCUCAAGUUGUACGAAGACAGCCACUUUCAUCUUAUACCGAAGUACCCGUCAAGCCUUUCUUUUUUUCGGAGCACGGCACAUAAGGAGCGCAUUUAUCACUCGUGCGUAUUGACGCCUAUGAGAGGGAUCUCCGUGCUCGUUGGAACCGACUAGGAUUUCGGCAGUUGAUAUCUCAGGUAGAGUUCGAGCUAGAAGUCCUGGAGGCCGUGUCUACGAUUCUCACAUGGUCAACGGUGUUCUGUCCCAUUGCCUAGGCGCGACCUGAGUCCCCGUCGCGUUGGCAUCGACCUUUGAUAUUGUCCAAAAUGCCUAUCGUUAAUGGACAAAAAAUGGCUUGCGAGCCAUGCAUACGAGGCCACCGUUCGACGAAGUGCGCUCAUGGAGGAGACCGUAUGCUAGUGCCCGUUCGCAAGCCUGGUCGACCGCUUAGUACGUGUCCUCAUCCGCCAGGCAAGAGCUGCCAGUGCCGCAGUGUGACGGCUGCGAUCCCGAAAGGAGGAACGUGCCGUUGUGGUAGCUCCCAAGGAGCCAAGAGCAAUGGAACCCCAACUCUGGUAAAAGCCGAACCACCAGACAAUGCACCGUUGUCUCCUACAAAACAAGCAUCAUUUCGAGUACAGAAGCCGACGCCAAAGCCGAGUCGAAAGCAGUCUUCGGAUGCGUCUGCGGCAUUACAGCGCAUGGACUCAAACAAUCUGAAUCUACAGAAUGGUGCAAAUGAAUAUCUGGCGUCUAGCACAAACGGAGUGGCCUCAUCUAACUGGGGAAGUUUCGUUUCGCCUUUGCAGAACGGAGCUAACCCAUAUUCGACGUAUCCAUCGAUGACCUCUCGUCUCGAAGGAGCUUUGGACUCAUCAGUUGUCCACAUGAACGGUGGUCUUGACAUAGUACCAAACCUAUCUUCUGGGAAUGGCAUAUCGGACCAUUCUACAGUUAGUUCAGGUACACUCACGCCUGGUACAUCGGAUUCCCCCUAUCAUACGCCGACGUCCAGUAACGGAGAGCCGUCUCAGGAAUUAUCAUUGGAGACGCCCGGUAGUUGUUGCUCCCAGCGAACACAACAACCCCCGCAAGUGCCGAACCGGAUGCAGUUCCAAGGUCAGCAGCUGCAGAGCGGUCCUCGAGAGUCGCCGAAUAUGAUGGGGUACGCACCUCAAGUCCCAUUGGGUAACGGACAUAUGAUGGAGCAAGUUUCCGCUCAGGUCAGCGUGAACCAGCAGCUAUACCCCGUCAAUCAUUAUACACAACCGGAACUUUACUCGGACCAUUUGUCGUUCGGAACUCCACAGCUGCCUCUCCAGCAGGCUCAGUGGGAGCAGUUGAUGGCAAAUUUUUUGCCUCAGUCGGGGUCAAACGGAGGACCCAGUUAUACGAAUCACGUAUGCGACUGCGGCCCUGGGUGCGAAUGUCUCGGAUGCGCAUCUCAUCCAUACAACCAGGUUAGCAUUCAAUAUGUUCGGGAAGCCAUGGCUUUACAAGAAAGCUUGGGGAAUGCCAAUAUAGACACCCCAACCCCGAUAGCUGAUCCGCCGCUGGCAGUGGGUGAAGCAUCGCCACCACCCAGCCACAGUCCAGCUGAGACAGACUCCCCGGGUGCAAAUGAGCUCAAUCUUUCACCCAGCGAAUUUUUGUUUGUGGACUAUGGUAGUGGUAUGUGUGGUUGUGGAGAUGAUUGUGCGUGCGUUAAUUGCUUGAUUCACCGCGACCCCUUAGAUCACAAGAUGGCCGGACAUGGUAUUGGUGGACUUCAUGAUAAGACGCCAAACUGACAGAGGCAUAACCUGGUGUUCGAAUACAUAACACCUCUUCCUGGAGCUAUAGAUCGAUGAAGCGAGUGGAGAAUAUCCUUGAGGAUAAUUGCUGAGACGCCCAACAAUCAAGCUUUGAAACACAUAUAGCUGAGCGGAUA